AUGCCGGCGCGCCGCCCGUAUAAAACUGCCCACCGCCCCGUGGGGCUGGACUGGGCUCUGGACCUGACACCUACUGGACCUACUGGAGCACACAGAGGUUUGCUGAUGGCGACUGGAGUAGCGGGGCGCGUGGCUGUGGUUAUGAGCCUGUGCUGUUUGUGCUGGUCGCUGCGCGUCCAAGGACACCCUCUGAGAAAGAGGUCGAUCAGCGAGGUGCAGCUGAUGCAUAACGUGCGGGAACACAAGCAGGUGGCGGAGCGGCAGGACUGGCUGCAGGUGAAGCUCAAGAACAUCCUGUCGCCGUCGCCCAACGACUCUCAGAAGGGACAACGCGGCAAACACCGGACGCUCUCCUCCCUCCAGCACGACCGCCUCACAUAGGACUCUCCGCCGGUGUGUGUGUGUGUGUGUGAGAGAGUGUGUGAGAGAGGACACCACGGCUGGACGAGCACAUGAUUUCAGAGGCUGCAAAACAGAACUGUCCACUCAGUAGGUGAAACAAGGAGGACUUUAUAAACAGUUUUUUUUUUUAAACUGACCAUUAUUUAUUAUUAUUUUAUUAUUUGUGAUUAUUUAUUUUGUAUUUGUAUGUGUUUACUGUAAUACUGUGUGUAAUAUGGAAUAGCUACUGUGAGGGAGUAGAUUGGACAUUGAUGACUAGUUGAAUGUUAGCUGAAUGAGUUAUUCAGAGACUACACUGCAAAUGAUUUGAUCUUAUCAAGAUACAAAAAAACCCUCAGAUUAGUGUUAGAUAAUUCAUCUUGUUUUAAGAGAGAAUUUCUUAUUUUAAGUGUUCAACUUUACACUAUAAUCUUAUUUCUAGAUUCAAUCAUCUUAAUUCAAGAAAUCUUGUCCAGUGAAAUUAUCUUGCUGCAUGGACAGCUAAUUUCACUUGUUUUGAGUACCUUUUACCUCAGAUAUAGUGUUCUUAUCUUGUUUUUAGACACCCCUCUUUUGCAGUGUACCUGCUAUGAAGCUCUGUCUGGUUCAGUGAGCUUUGCGUGACCAAACUCUCUUGUCCUCUUAUUGUAGAUUCAUGUUUUGUAAGUCCUUUUCAUGUCAAUGUCACAUUUUUGAUGACUGAUAAAGUCAUUUUUUUCUACUUGUGAUUGCUGAGGAUUUGCAUCAGAGCCCAGCCCUCUCUCUCUCUCUCUCUCUCUCUCUCUCUCUCUCUCUCUCUCUCUUCAGUGAAGUAAAGAGGCUCUAGAUACAAUAGAAAUCUACCCUUAGAAAUAGAAACUUCUGAUCUGCAAGGUAGAACAGAAACAGAAACAUGUUUACUGUAGACAAUACAUAAUAGAAAUAGAACCUUCUGAUCUGUUUAAAGGUAGAAUAGAAACAGAAACAUGUUUCCUGUAGUAGACAAUACACAAUAGAAACAGAACCUUCUGAUGGGUUUACUGUGGCAGAGUAGAAAUAGAACCUUCUGAUGGGUUUACUGUGGUAGAAAUAGAAACUUCUGAUGUGUUUACUGUUUACUGCUGAUGUUCCCUUGAUCCACUCUGAAACACGUGACACUAUGUGACACUAUGACUUUGCCAUUUGUGAAUGCCAGUUCUGGGGAAAACAAGCUCACCCUGUCCUUAAAGAUCCCCACUGCUCAACCACACACACAUGUGUGGAGAAGUAUUGCUUUUGUUUGACAUGCAGAAUCUCUUGUUUAAUGUAGCUUGUAGGCCUAGAUGAGUUUAUGCCCUACACUCAACUUAGAUGUACUGUACUCUACUGUAGCCUAGUGGGGUGCUUGCUUGUGAUCAUGGCCAGAGCGUUAACAUCAGAGAUAGCAAUAUGGUAGAGCAGCAAUAUGGCACCUUCAUCAUUGUCACGGUUGUCAUCUUCCUCUUUGUCAUUGUCAUCAUCAUGAUCAUCACUGUCAUCCACAAUCACCGCUUCUUGCAACAAAGACCCAAUGAGUAAAAGAGCCAGAGCAAACCAUAGGAGCAAACCUUC